AUGGUCACUGGAGGCAUGCAAGGGGCACUUUCACUUUCCCACGCAAGCGCCCGUCUGAUGACAUACGACUCCGAGCUCUCUGCAAGCGGGAGACCUCCGACUGAGGAGGAACGAUUAACCUUACCUCUAGUGCCUGCCAGUAUCCCCUGGACUGCCUAUACCAUAUGUAUCGUUGAGUUUGCCGAACGUGCAAGCUACUUUGGGUGUACGGCGGUGUUCUCAAACUUCAUUCAGCGACCGCUUCCUUUGGGUGGUAACGGUGCUGGCGCCCCGCCCCAGGGCACACAAUUGAAUGCGGGAGCUUUGGGAUUGGGGUUGCAAGCAGCCACCGCAAUCACAAAGACAUUUUCCUUCCUUGCCUUUGCUUUGACAAUCGUAGGAGGCAUCCUCGCAGACACCAAAUGGGGCGGUUUUAAGACCAUCUGCAUUGGAACAGCAAUCGGGAUUAUCGCCCACGUUAUCAUGGUCGUCGCCGCGAUUCCGUCCGUCCUCAGCCGUGGGCUUGCAGUUGUCCCGUUCGCCAUUUCAAUUCUCAUCCUCGCCAUAGCCACUUCGCUCAUCAAACCCUGUAUUGUGCCGGUGUUAUCCGACCAAUCCCUGGUCAAAGCGCAGUAUGUCAAAACGCUCCCAUCCGGCCAGAAGGUCAUCGUCGACCCAGCUGUGUCUAUACAGAACAUGAUCACAGUAUACAGCUGGUGCAUCAACAUCGGGACGUUUCUUUCAUUACCUUCGACAUAUGCUGCAAAACGCGUCGGAUAUUGGCUAGCAUAUCUAAUUCCGGGGAUUCUGUUUUUGAUAAUGUCAGUCGGGCUUGUCGUCGUGAACCGACAUAUCAUCAAAGUCCCUCCUCAGGGAUCUCCUCUGAUCGAUAUCUUCAAAAUGUUCAAUGUGAUUCGCUUGCGCAACGGCUUUCGUGGUCUGCUCAAAAGAGGCGAAUCUUGGGACUCGGCUAGACCAUGUAAACUUGAAGCGAUCGGAGGUCUCCCAGCUGGUUACAUAACCUGGGAUGACGACUUGAUCGACGAGGUCAAGAGAACCUUCAAAGCGUGCCGUCUGUUCCUUUUCAUGCCAAUCUAUUUAGUUGCGGACGUUGGCCUGGACAACAUUCUCGCCAAUCAAGCUGCUUCGAUGACAACCAACGGGGCUCCAAAUGAUCUUCUUCAGUCAUUCAGCGCGUUGACCAUGAUUGUCCUCGCUCCAUUAUUCCAGUGGUUCCUAUAUCCAUGGCUUCGCAAAUUACGGCUGGACCCACUGCCGGUGCGUCGAAUGAUAGCAGGUUACUUCAUCUCCGCCUUAGGAAUGAUCUACGGAGCGGUCCUUCAGUACCGGGUCUAUAAAACUUCUCCCUGCGGAUAUCAUGCUUCAACAUGCAGUCUAACGGGAUCUGUUUCUCCUAUUUCGAUUUGGUAUCAACUUCCGAUUCCCAUGCUCGAGGCCAUUGCAAGCAUAUGUAUUAAUUUCACCUCGUACGAAAUCGCCAUCACGAUGGCUCCUCGUCGGUUGAAAUCCCUUGUGUUUGCCAUCGUGCUCUUCAUGGCAGCCUUGAGCUCUGCACUCGUUCUGAUCGUGUCACCCACGUUCAAGGAUCCAAACCUAAUCUGGCCGUUCGUUGCACUCGCGAUUGCAACAACCGUGUGCGGCAUUCUAAACUGGAUAUUCUUCCUUGAUGUGGAUAAAGAAUACCAGGAGGUGGUUUCAAAAGGAGCGAGUAACUAACCCUUUCAGGAUAACUAGAGCUCUCCCGCAAACCCACAAGAACAGAUGGGCGUGGAACAUUCCAUGAGGAC